AUGGAGCUGAACUCUAUCAAAGACGCCUUCGACCGCGUGAACAAGAAACAGAAGCUCUCGUCCUCUAAAUCUCAGGAAAUGAUCGAGCAAGUCGAGGCAGAAAUCGAACGUGCCCUACUAAAAAUCCAAUCAGCGAACGACCACAAUCCCAUCCUCACCGACCUAAAAUCCAAACUAACAGACAUGUCCCCUCUAAAGCAGCUCGAAGCCACCCAAAAAGAACUCAACAUCGCCCUCAACAAGUACCCAAAACUCCUCGAAAAAUCAUUCAUUCCCGACAUCUCGAAAGCGUAUCGCAACAUCGAUUUCGACACCAACAUCGUCAAUCAGAUAAUCGCGACCCACUUUUACCGUGAAGGUAAAUUCGACCUCGGCGACUGUUUCGUUCACGAAUCCCGCGUGCCAGAGGACUCGGCCCUCAAAUCCCCAUUUCUCGAAAUGUUCGGAAUAUUAGAAGCCAUGAAAUCCAGAAACCUCCAGCCAGCUCUGAAUUGGGCCUCGGCGCACCAAGAGCAGCUGAAGAAAAACGGGUCCGACAUAGAACUGAAGCUCCACCGACUCCAAUUUAUCGAGACCCUGCAAAAAAAAGGCAGGGACGAAGCCCUUAAUUACGCACGGGCUUUCUUGGCCCGAUUUGCCACUACCCACAUGUCAGAAAUCCAAAAGCUCAUGGCUUGCCUAUUGUGGGCCGGGAGGCUCGACCAAUCUCCAUACCCGGAGCUAUUAUCCUCCGUGCAGUGGGACAAGGUUAAGGAUGAGCUGGCACGAGAGUUUUGUAAUUUGAUUGGUCAAUCUUACGAAAGCCCGCUUGGCGUGACUGUAGCUGCAGGGGUUCAGGGCCUGCCGACUCUUCUGAAGCUGAUGAAUGUGAUGACUGGGAAAAAGCAAGAAUGGCAGACGAUGAAGCAGUUGCCUGUGCCUGUGGAUUUGGGUCGGGAGUUUCAGUUUCAUUCGGUGUUUGUUUGUCCGGUGAGUAGGGAUCAGGCGAGUGAGGAUAAUCCUCCCAUGCUUUUGUCUUGUGGGCAUGUGUUGUGUAAGCAGUCUAUCACGAAGCUGUCGAAGAACAAUAGCACGAGGCCGUUUAAGUGCCCUUACUGUCCUACUGAAGUCGAGGCUGGCCAGUGCAGGCAGUUGUAUUUCUGA